AUGUCUCUUCAUGUCAGUUCAAAUUUCAUACCAGCCUCCAUGGACCGGGAAGCCAACGCACGCUCUUUGUCCGCUCUUGUUCAAAAGCCACGCGUAGAUUCCUCGACGCAGAUGGAGCCCUUGGAAGGCGAGGAGACUUUUGUGAUCAAGAGAACAGAAGCGACUCAACCCCAUGCCGAACUCUCUUCCAAGACCUCUCCAAAAACAGUCCUUGUCGUGGGAGCGGGGAUAGCUGGACUGCGCGCCGCAUCAAUCUUGAAGCGACAUGGUCUCCACGUGAUCGUUCUUGAGGCUCGUGACAGGAUUGGAGGAAGGAUCCUGACCAGCAGAAAGAGCGGAAAGCCAGCACGAGAUAUGGGGGCCGCUUGGAUGCACGAAACCUCCCAAAACAAGCUUGUUAAGCUGAUUCCGAAACUCGGACUUCAAUACUAUUAUGACGAUGGGACACCCUUUUAUUACACCUCUGAUGGACGUGCUGGAUCUCAGUUCAAAGCAAAGAAAGUAGUCGAUGAGUUUGCAGACUAUGCAGAGUGGUUUUAUGAAACAAGUCCCGACGCCAAGGACAGAAGUGUCGAUGAGUUUAUACGAGAGUUCACCAAAGAGCAUCCACUGAUUACUCAAGACGAAAGACUGUGGGCUCCGCAGGUGAUCAAAGAGAUGGAACAAUGGGUUGGAACGAGCACUACCCUGGCAUCCUCAAAACACAUGAACUACUUCGUUACUGAGCGAAAUCUCUAUAUGAAGGAUGGCUAUGAUUCCAUCGUCAAAUGGACGGCCCAAGACUUGCUCAAAGGCCCUGGUUCCAUUCGACUGCAUCAGAUGGUCAAAAAAAUACAAUGGAGCGAGGAUUCAUCUUCUCCGAUCCUUGUGGAAUGCGCAAAUCCAGAAGACGAAAGUCAAGUCCAGACAGUCUUCGGGGACGCGAUUAUCGUCGCAACUCCGCUGGGCACAUUUCAUCACAACCUAAUAUCAUUCGAUCCCCCUAUCCCUCGGGACAUGCAAAACGGAAUCAACAAUCUUAGCUAUGGAGCACUGGGUAAAGUAUUUUUUGAAUUCAGUGAGGUAUUCUGGUCUAAAAAUCACGACCAGUUCAUCUACUAUCCUUCGCCACAGGACCCGACUGAUGAGACUUCCGAGAUAGUCAAUGACUCAGAAGCACUCGACACUAUCUUGAACUACUCUACAGUGACGGUGAAUCUUUUACUAGUAGCGGACAGCAAAGAACUGUGUGUCCAGGUAGUUGAGCCACUGACACAGAAGGUGGAGGCUAUCACUGACAAGAAGGAACUGUAUGGGUUCUUUGAACCACUGUUCAAGCUCUUGCGGACAGAGCCCUACAAGGCCCUACCUAAAGUCACGAGCAUCGAGUCCACUUGUUGGACGCAAGAUGCUUUUGCUGGAUUUGGGACUUAUACAUCCGAGAAGGUUGGCGAUGAUCCCGAUAUCUUGAUAAAUGCGGCGCAGAAUCGCACGAAGAGCAAACUUCAAUUUGCGGGUGAGCACCUGGCUAUUGCAGGAAGCGGAUGUGUUCAUGGAGCUUUCGCAACCGGCGAGGCAGCAGCCAGGAGAAUACUUGGCUCUUUGGCUGUUGAAUGCAAGGAAGAACUGUUGAGUCUCGAUUGA